CCAACUCUCGCGAUGACCUUCAAAGUCGUGAUAACUGGCGCGUCAGGAGUCCUUGGAUCUGCCAUCCGCAACGCUUUCAAGGGCCAAGCUCAAGUUCUAGCGCUUUCCUUCACCCGAUCAGGCAAUGGCCUCACGCAGCUUGAUCUCUUGGACCAAAACAAGCUCGAAUCCACGCUGAGAGACUUCAAGUCAGACUGGGUCAUUCAUUGUGCGGCAGAGCGGAGACCCGAUGUCGCUGAGAAGGACCCAGACGGCACCCAAAAGCUCAAUGCUGAUGUUCCCUUGCACCUUGCCCAACUCGCGAAAUCAUUGGAUUUCACGCUCAUCUAUAUUUCAACAGAUUAUGUCUUCGACGGCACCUCCCCACCAUACGCUCCCGAUGCCAGCCCCAACCCACUCCAACUCUACGGCCGCACGAAGCGUGACGGAGAGCUGAGCAUUCUCAGUGUCCAAGGCGCCGCUGCCGCCAUCCUUCGCGUACCUGUUCUAUAUGGCCCAGCGCCGAACAACUCAGACUCGGCUGUGAACAUUCUAGUCGACGUUGUCAAAGAUCAGUCAGGGAAGACAUACAAGAUGGACCACUACGCCACCCGCUACCCGACUAACGUCGUCGAUAUUGCCAAUUUCCUCGUCCGCUUGUCUGCUUCAAAGACACCGAUACCCACGAUUCUCCACUACUCGGGCGAUGAGCCCUUUACAAAAUACGAGAUGUGUCUCAUUUUUGCGAAAAUCCUCUCGCUUCCACACGAGCACAUCAUUCCAGAUGCUGCACCACCUACUGGGGCUGGUGCAACAACCCGUCCACGAGAUUGCCGCCUUGGCACCAAAGAAACCGACGAUCUAGCACUGGAUGGCGGUCUGGGGUUGGGGCUAUUCGAGGAAUGGUGGACGGGGUAUUUGCAAAAGCAGUGA